AUGCCUGAUGAAGAAAUCGAUCGAUCUCUACUAUGGAAGAAGGCAAGAGAAGAUAAACAGGGAAACAUUCAUGAUCUAAAGGUUGCAGAGAAGGCAAAAUUAAUUGAUGAUUUGAAAAAACAAGUCUCCGAGGGCACUAUGACUGUCUCUAGCAGCAACGACGUUUUGACCUUGGCUUUGGGAACCCCUGAGCAUGGUGGGAGAGUCAGAGGUGUUGGAGCUGGGGAUAGUGUUAUGGAGGCACUAAGAGAGGAAACCAAAAAGAUAGAGCCCAGGGCAAAGGAAAGUGUUUUGGAGGCAAUCAGAGCAGAGAGGGAAAUUUUUUUGAAACAAUUCAAUCAACUAAUUCCCAACUUUGAUCCCAACUUUCUUGGUAAAACUCCAACUACACCAAUUACUCCAGUUCCUCCAAUUCCUCAAGAGAAAAGCCCAAAAAAUCCAAUGUCUGACAAAGCAAGUUGCUCUAAUAUGAGAGCCCUUAUUUUGAAGGAAGACAAUCCCAUGAAUGAUGUUGAUGCUGCUGAAAACCGGCAAGAUGAAACGGAUCUCUCAAAGCUUGACAUGCCAGCUCCUCUAUUAGCCCUAUGCCAAUAUGUCGAGACCACAUUGAAGCCUGCUAACGAGACCAUUAGAAUUCACAUGCCAGAGGAAGUAUUUGGCACUGAGCAUGAUACUUGGCUCUUGUGUGAAGACAUUUUACAGUUUACUUUCAUGGUUGAGAUUGGAUCCACAAUGAUUGCACUAUACAUGAGGGGUCAUUGGGUGUUAAUAAUUGUAAGACCAACUAAGGAGAGUGUCUAUUACAUGGAUUCAUUGCCAAACCGCUCUGUUGACGAGGACAUGAGAAAUAUAGUGAAUACUUCAAUCUCUCACACAGGCAAACAAUCAUCACGUAAAUCACUCAUAUGGAAAAAUCUACAAGGCACUCCUAGACAACCAACAAAUAUAGAGUGUGGCUAUUACGUGAUGCGUUUCUUGAGAGAUAUAAUUCAUGAUCCAGGCCUAGCAUUUGAGAAGAAGUUUGACAAGAAAAAUGAACCAGUUGAGUAUGUACAAGAACAUAUUGACGAAGUCAGGCUGGAAUGGGCAGAAUUCGUGAACAAGCAAUUACAGAACAACAAGUGGUAUAAUUUAUUUUAA